CCAAUUGCUCGUGCACUGAUAAGGGGAAAUCGCUUUGUUACGGACUGUAUCCAGAUUUUACGCUGGUUACAGCCUCAAGAAAAUCCAAUACCCCAACAAAACGGCGGCAGUGGUAACACAGCGACGGCUACGGCGAGAGAUAGCCCUACCUGGAGACGCCAGGACCUGGGGCAGUCAUGGCAGCGAACAUGUACCGGGUUGGAGAUUACGUUUAUUUUGAAAACUCCUCCAGUAACCCACUGCUGAUACGGCGGAUAGAAGAGCUCAACAAGACGGCCAAUGGAAAUGUGGAGGCUAAAGUGGUGUGUUUCUACCGACGCAGGGACAUCUCCUCAACACUCAUUGCCCUGGCCGACAAACACGCACGAGAGCUGGAGGAAGAGAUGGAGAACCCAGAGUUGAACCCGGUUGACCUGCCAGAAAAACAGAAACACCAGCUAAGACACAGAGAGUUGUUCCUGUCCCGGCAGCUGGAGUCACUACCAGCUACACACAUCAGGGGGAAGUGUUGUGUUACUCUGCUAAACGAGACUGAGGCGCUAAAGUCAUAUCUAGACCGAGAGGAUGCUUUUUUCUACUCCCUGGUCUAUGACCCCCAACAGAAGACUCUUCUGGCAGAUAAAGGGGAGAUCAGAGUUGGGAACAAGUACCAGGCAGACAUUACAGACUUCCUCAGAGAGGGUGAGGAGGAUGGCAGGGAUCUGGCCAAACUGGAGGAGAAGGUGUGGGAUCCCAGCAGUCCCCUCACAGAGAAACAGAUCGACCAAUUCCUGGUUGUGGCUCGGUCAGUGGGGACCUUUGCACGGGCUCUGGACUGCAGCAGUUCUGUCCGACAGCCGAGUCUCCAUAUGAGUGCUGCUGCUGCUUCUAGAGAUAUCACCCUGUUCCAUGCAAUGGAUACCCUUGAUAAGACUGGUUACGACAUGACCCGGGCCAUCGCUGCGCUGGUUCCCCAGGGAGGCCCUGUCCUCUGCCGGGACGAGAUGGAGGAGUGGAGCGCCUCCGAGGCCAACCUGUUUGAAGAGGCUUUGGAGAAAUACGGCAAAGACUUCACAGACAUACAGCAGGACUUUCUCCCCUGGAAGACCCUGACCAGUAUUAUAGAGUACUACUACAUGUGGAAGACUACCGACAGAUAUGUCCAGCAAAAACGCUUAAAAGCUGCCGAGGCAGAGAGCAAGUUGAAGCAGGUCUACAUCCCUAACUACAACAAGCCCAACCCCAACCAGCUGAGUGGUAACAGUGUGAAGCCAGCAGGUGUGGGGGGCCUGGUGAAUGGCUCCACUACUGCACCUGGAGCCGCAGUCGGAGCCGGGGUUGUGGCUGGCGCCCCGGGGGUGGUCCCAAUUCCCCCAGGGCAGACCCCAGGACUGGGCCGUGCCUGCGAGAGCUGCUACACCACCAGCUCCUACCAGUGGUACUCGUGGGGUCCCCCCAACAUGCAGUGUCGUUUGUGUGCUUCCUGCUGGACCUACUGGAAGAAGUAUGGAGGACUGAAGAUGCCCACCAGACUAGAUGGAGCAAGGCCUGGACCUAACCGCAACAACAUGUCACCACACAGUGUUCCAAUGCGACACGGCGGGAGCCCCAAGUUUGCUGUGAAGACGAGACAGGCCUUCUACCUGCAAACCACCCAGGUGUCACGCUCGGCCCGGCGGGUCUGUCAGGACAUUAUCAGACCACGAUUCCUUGCCCGGCACCCCUACCUCCCCCUCAACACAGCUCAAAUCAAACAGGAGUGUGCACUGCGGUUGCCAGACGAGCCCAAAAAGCCCUCACCACUAAAGCCUGUUGAGAGGAAGUCUCUGGAGUCCGUGGUCCGUUAUCUAGAAGCCCACCCAUGCCCACCCAAACCCGACCCUCCUCGGGGCCAGAUGGUCACCACGGGCAGCCUAACACCCAUUAAGUCCACGGGCAACAUCCUCAACAACGGAUCGCCCACCAUCCUGGGGAAACGCACCUACGAGCAGCACAACGGCAUUGAUGGUAUAAAGCCCAAAGCCCCUCAGUGGGACAUCAUGGCCAAGAGGACAGCUGAGCCCGGCCGGACUGCCUCUGGCCAAAUGCAGCAGCAGGACGAGGUACACGAACUGGACUGAUGGAUUAUCGCAGGGACCCGCACCUUGGUUGAUUAAAUGGGAGGAGUUUCUCCAAAUCCAGAGAUGGAGUUGGGAGUGAAUUGAGUGGAGGAUGUCUGAAAGCUGCAGCAGCAGAAUCAUUGACUGGCCAUCUUCCCACCCAAUCAGCAUGAGACAGCAAAAUUGUCAAAGACCAACCAACCAAUCAUCUUUGAGUAUGGAAGGAAUGGAACUAAGGCAAAAGUCUGCCUGCCUGUACAGGACUGUUUAUUACUUAACCUUUCUUGUUAUGACUGUCUUUAAUGUAAUUAUUAUUAUUAUUAUUAUUGUUAUUUUUAAUUUUUUCCUUUUUUUUUACCAGCUAUAACCUGAAGCUUAUCAGUUUGCUAAUUAAAAAGAAACGAUGAAACCUAGUUUCAUGAGAACUGCUUGCGUUGUUGCGUGGAAAACCCCAUUUUGCGAAGGGUGACAGAAGGACUGUCUCUAUUGUAAUAUAAGCCACUUGCAUCUUCAGUUUUUUUUUACAUGUUUAUUGAAUAUGCUACAAGGAGAUGAACAUUUAGUUUCAAUUAUAUAAGUCUCUAUAACUCGUUUGUUCUUUCCGUUUCAUUUAUUUUGAAAGCUUCUAGAGGAUUUUGAUUCUGUUUUGUGAGCCGGCCAGAACCCAUUUGGCCAGAGAGGUUUAACUUAUUGAGAAAGACUGAAACAUGCUGUUUUUUCUACCUUUUUCACAAGUAAUGCAUCUCAAUUAUGUAAUUAAAAAGAUAAUUGUUUUUUUUU